GUUUCAUUCAAUUCUGGACUCUGGGCUUCAUCUACAGGAUCUGGUUCUUGAUCAUCUGGUAUUGUCACAACUUCAUGAGCAUUUAGAACAGUAUUUUCUUGCUGUGAGCCGGAUACGUUACAAAUAUUACGUUCUGAUUCAGGUAUAAGGGGAUGUGAAUCCUCCACAUGAUAUGCUUCUGAAUUGUCCAUUGCUGCACCAUUAUCUGCAACAUAAAUAGAUUCCUUAUUUUCUGGUUGAAUGAAAAGUCUGCCCAAAACUGUUUCAAAUAGUUGUUGUUGCAAGGCUAACAUCUGCUGGUUCUGUUGUUGUUGGAAGGCUAACAUCUGCUGGUGCUGUAGCUGUAAUAUUAACUGCAACUGUUCUAAAGAAAUCGACAUUUUUUUGUGCCAAUAAUAAUAUUAACUCCAAAAAUCACCGGCAAUUAUUACAGCUAAUUUAUUUCCAAAAUCUGAGUCACCACUUGUCGUAUAAUUAUUUUGUUUUUGCCAAAAUCCCCGUCGCCAAUCGUUAUGACCUUGUGAUGUCUGGUUUUUCUAUCGCACGACUUAUCUACCAAUCCGAAUACGACUUAUACGAAUCUUCACACUAGGCCAACCGAUGACGUUCAACCGGUGUGGGCAGUUUAGCGUCCUUAUUGGUCCUAUGUCCUACGAGCCCUUCCACUUGAGUCCAGAACAAGAUACCAGCUUCCGAAUCAGAGCAGAUCGUUUAUUUCAGGCAUACUUGGUUUAUAUAUCAAUCACACAGACCGCAACGUACCAUAAAAUAGGAAAUAAUAUUUGUACACAAAUAAGCUCAAAAAGUGGCUGUGAAUGUGGGAGGCAGUAGUUAAUAAACUGAACAUAACUUAAGAACCGUAAAUCGUACAAUAAUAAAUUAUAGGUCAAAAUAAAGCUUAUCAUAAAAGGAAUAUAAAUAUACAUAGUGUAAUUGUUGAGUAGUUAUACAAUAAGAAUGUUUAUAGAAUAUUAGUCCAUGAAUAGUCCUCGGAAGUUACCUGUAGUUUAAUCUUCACCGGAUAUAACACAACACAGUAGAAUCCAUACAACUAAUCAAAAGCGUAAAAGGUGUACAAUACCUUACCUAGCAAAUAUACUCUGUGACGAACAGAUUGUUAAAGUUGACCUAGUCAAUAACUUGUAUUCUUGAACAUGUUUCUAAUCAAAAAGUUGUACAGAUUCAAAUCUUUAAAAAAAAACAUUUCAUUUAAUUAUAGGUGGUUAAUUUACUUAACUUUCGCAUAUUUGUAUACAGUUAUCAGUUUCUUUCACUUUUUUUCUUUUUAGAAAAAGAAGCUUGUUAAAAUAUUUGUACUGAGAAUCCUAUAUUGCACCAAAAACAUAAUAUUGAAUUAAACCAUUAAUAAUAAUGAUAAUAUUUUUAAGGCAAUCAGCGGAUAUUUCAACAUUGUAAUAAUUACGGUUGUGAGAGGUCAUUUGAAAUCACCCACACAAUGAGAGUAACAAAAGCUUUGUAAUACUGUGUUUACCAAAUACAGUGUAACAAAAAUGGAGUAAGGGCUGACCUAACCAAAGCCCUUCGUUAUUCUACAAAUAUGUCCACUACUAUGAAUAUUCCAAACCGAUUUGAUUUAAUUUUAUGAAUUACUUGUUGGACUCCCGACUGAGAAUCCUAUGCUCUUCCAAAUGGUGGUAAGGUACCGAAGCAAUCAUCAUUUAGAAAAAGUUCGUGAAGUCAAUCUUAACGACCACGACCAAAAAAUUCUCAAGGAUAUUUUUUCUGCAAUAUAUGCAGACAUACAUCUUCGUCCUCAUGACACGUCAAAACUAACCAAUAGGAAUUAAGAAAUAACGGCGUUGUGCGCGAAAUUGUGCACGUUCAGUCUGGUCAGUGUGGGAACCAGAUAGGCGCUAAGUUCUGGGAAGUAAUAUCGAACGAGCACGGUAUUGACCCUACAGGAACAUACCACGGUGAUUCUGAUCUACAACUUGGACACAUAAAUGUUUAUUUUAAUAAGGUCAGUGGAGGAAAGUAUGUUUCUCGUGCUCUCUUGGCUGAUCUGGAACCUGGUACGAUGGAGAGUGUCCGCGCAGGGCCCUUCGGCCGAUUGUUCCAUCCUGACAAUUUCGUAUUUGGUCAAAGUGGGGCGGGAAAUAACUGGGCCAAAGGUCACUAUACUGAAGGUGCUGAACUUGUAGACUCAAUUUUAGACGUGGUGAGAAAGGAAGCUGGGUCUUGUGAUUGUCUACAAGGUUUCCAACUAACUCAUUCACUUGGCGGUGGUACCGGCUCAGGUAUGGGGACGCUGUUAAUUUCAAAAAUUCGAGAAGAAUAUCCUGACAGGAUUAUAAAUACAUUCUCUAUAGUCCCAUCACCAAAAUCUCCGAUGCUGUUGUCGAGCCAUACAAUGCUACGCUGUCUGUACAUCAACUUGUUGAGAACACUGAUGAAACGUUCUGCAUCGACAACGAAGCACUCUAUGACAUCUGUUUCAGAACACUGAAGUUAACCAACCCCACUUAUGGAGAUCUCAAUCACUUGGUCAGUGCAACCAUGUCUGGCGUGACCACCUGUCUCAGAUUCCCUGGACAACUGAAUGCUGACCUGCGGAAACUGGCAGUGAAUAUGGUCCCGUUCCCUCGACUGCAUUUCUUCAUGCCAGGAUUCGCUCCACUGACAAGUCGUGGCAGUCAACAGUAUCGCUCAUUAACUGUGCCUGAACUGACACAACAAAUGUUCGAUGCAAAGAAUAUGAUGGCUGCCUGUGAUCCUCGUCAUGGUCGUUACUUGACAGUGGCGGCGAUCUUCCGUGGUCGUAUGUCUAUGAAGGAGGUGGAUGAGCAGAUGUUGAAUGUGCAGAAUAAGAAUUCGAGUUAUUUUGUCGAGUGGAUUCCGAAUAAUGUGAAGACGGCAGUAUGUGACAUUCCUCCUCGUGGUUUGAAGAUGUCGGUGACUUUUAUUGAUAACAGUACGGCUAUUCAAGAGUUGUUUAAACGUGUUUCUGAACAGUUUACUGCAAUGUUCCGUCGUAAAGCGUUUUUACAUUGGUAUACCAGUGAAGGGAUGGAUGAGAUGGAAUUUACUGAGGCUGAAUCAAAUAUGAAUGAUUUGGUAGGUGAAUAUCAGCAGUGUCAAGAUGCCACUGACAACGAUGAAGAAAAUGUUUGA